CUUAUCGUACCAACUCGAGCGCCUUACCGCAUCCACGACAGCUUGCUCGUUUAUAAUUCCAAGUUCCAAUAUUCUCUAGAAUGGCACAGAAAUCUCAUCGCUAAUCAGAGUCUCUUAGGUUUCAUCCUCCAUUGCUCCUAAGGGCACCAGAGUAGGCUUGAAGUGGCGUCAGAUUGCCCGGACCAUCCAAUCUACCCAUGUGAGGUGGCUUUCUAAAGCCUUAUGGUCGUCGAAUGUGACCAGCAGGUGUUUACCGAGAGGAUUUGUAUCUCAUUUCUGAAUGGAUCCUAUCGCAACUAAGCAGCUUUGCGAAGUCCUUUCAUCAUGGGUCCCAAUUUAGAGACAUUUAAGAACAUAUCGAAUCGGAUUACUCGUUUCCGACACCACAGAAAUCAAGAGAUUACCGACGACAACAACCACAUUAGCAAGAAGUCGUCUCAGAAUCCGAAUCAAGCAUCAGCCUCAGCUACGACUUCGCUAGCCGCUAACCAGGUCCAAUCUAAGAAAGGUUUAGGGGCGUUUCCUCCACCUCAUACGCCAUCUGCGAUGCCUUCAACCCAAGGACACACCUUAUCGCAGCCGUCGAAAUCAUCGCCUAUGGCGGCCAAUAAUCCAGCACCCCCUAACAUGGCAUCCUCUUCGUUGUUUCCUGGUCCAUCUAAUGCCUUCCUCGUUGCAAAAACAUCUUUUGGUGAAAAUUUGCAUAAGUCUACAUCAAAAGGACAUGGCAUGCACAGCAACGACCAAAAAGGCAAUCUCGGUAGCCGAUUUAACCCUAUUGACUUAACCGAUACUUCGACUACUCAUUCGACAUAUAACCCUUUUCAGUUCCCUGACUAUUCUGAGUCUUCCACUGGAUCUUUCGGGACAACGAAACCUAUUCAUCCAACACCUUUAUGGUCUUCGUCAUUUCAGGCCAAUCCGUUUCUUCCUCCCCCUCUCAACCCUACAACCCCAUCGACACAGGAAAAGUCUCAUCCGGGCAGUCCGUGGGAAUUUAUAAACCAGCUCCCGGAUAAUUUAGUCCCACCCCCUGUGUCGGACUUUCCGUCCGCGUCGGAACUCUUGGCUUUGCCUAUGACGGAUAAUUGGUUUAUGCAGACACCACAGUUCGGUAGUUACCUGCAACCACCGGGACAAGCCAUCGGCCAGAGUACUUCGGCCGAUAAGAUGCCCGCUCAGCAUAUGGGCGUGCCAUGGGGUUGGGCAGGACACAACGCAGCUUUCCCGAUUCCUUCAACUGAGCUGUCAAAGGAGCCUGGAGCUGAUAAGAUGGUAAUAGAUGUCGAAAGUCCCGGGAAUAGCAGCGAGUCCUCGGCAGACCUUGAACAGUUUCCGGAGGACAAUGUCGCGGUUAAUUUGGCUUUGAAGGAGUUGGAGCCGUUACAAGAAUUCGUUCGCGGGUGCCUUGGCCAAACCUGUUCUAGGUGUAGCAGAAAUAUCAAGAAUAAGCCCAAGCCCAUGGAGCCUAAUGAUGUUGUGAAGAUGACUACGGGGUGGACCAAGGCUGGAGGGAAAGUACUGCUAGGUGUGUCAUGCCAGAACGUAUUUUGCACGGUGUCGACGUGUCUCGGCUGUGGGAGGGCGGUCUCUUCUGUCGCAACGAACGGAUCGAAUGCUGAGCUUUAUAUCUCCGGAACAAGGAUCACUGUAAGAUGGUGCUGCGAUGCCGGACGACUUGCCGCAAUCUGGGCCCUUGCUUGUGGUUGGGACGCCCCAAGUUGGAAGUCUCGGACCGUGACCCGCGUCGUUGGCAAGGUUCGAGAACGAACCAAUGCCAAAUCCGCCGUGGCGCAGAAUUCACUAGUGCCAUCAAAUUCUCAAGCCAAUGCGAGAGGAGUUGGCUAUGGUGGUGGUGGAAGAUUAGAGUAUUUCCCCUUCCCCUACCUCGGACGAUCGCAUACGCGCCCCACACCCAAGAAGCCCGUAGAUGUCCAAGAGUAUCUUCUACAUGAGGCCUACUUCAGGCUUGUGGCUGUGUUGCUUCCGUCCUAUACACGGGCAAGCCCUCUUGACGUCUCGCCGCCUACUUUCCUCGCACAUAUGCUCUCGCGCAGUCCACUUAUAGAAAAGGCUGCAACAAUGCUAAGCAAUGAUUCUAUUGGUGAGAUUGCUCGCCAGUACCAGGUCCAUGAUGCCGUACUAGACCUUUUUCAUACUCUAGGAAGUCACCCAGUGACUGCAGACUUAGUUUAUAACGACCGCAACCUGUAUCAUCCAAAAGGCGGAAGUUUACUAGAGGUUUCCGUCGGUCCCAUGAAAAGCAAGAGUAGGAUUGUCGCCAAGGACACCGGCAAAUCUCUUCUCGCGUUGUUAGACAAGUUGGCAGCUCAGUCCCUGACGGUUCUCCGACACGCUAAGACUAACCGCGCCGAAUUCCAGAAUGGCGAGGGAAAGAAUUUACUAAACAUCAGCCAGCGAAUAAGCCAACUCUGCACAGAGCACGAAGCCAAUAUGCAACGGCUCCGCACUACGAUGGAGAUAAGUGAAGACAAACCGGAGGUCAACUUUGCCGAAUGGCACCGCGAGAAUUGCGUUAGCGAUGUCGAAGACGAGAUCCUCAUGCAGGACUUCGCAUGCGCACGGGAAGCAGGACGAGCAGUCAAUACCAUCCCAGCUCGUGGACGUAUGAAGAGAUUGAUCACAGAAUUAUCGACACUGAAGACGUCGCUGCCGGAAGGAAUCUUCAUCUGCCAUGGAUCUUCCCGACUCGACAUCAUGAAGGUGUUGAUCAUUGGACCCAAGCAUACCCCUUACGAGCACGGCCUGUUCGAGUUCGACUUAUACUGUCCCCUAGAGUACCCUAACUCACCACCCUUAAUGAAAUUCAAGACGACGAACAGCGGUAAGAUUCGUUUCAACCCCAACUUGUAUGAAGAUGGCAAAAUAUGCCUUUCCCUGCUCGGUACGUGGGCCGGGGAGCCUUGGAGAGCCGAUCAAUCCACUAUACUCCAGGUUCUUGUCAGCAUCCAGUCCAUGAUACUCUGCGAGCAGCCAUGGUACAACGAGCCGGGUCGGGAGGAACUCGAAAAUAAAACACAGUCAACCAAGUACAACAACGAGGUACGAACCUGGACUAUGAAGUACGCUCUUCUGCCGUGGAUAAAUGCCGUCGGCGCGAAAGACAGGGUCCAGGACGGCGAUACUUCUGCAGCAGUGACUUCGGUCUGGCAGGAAACAGCCCGUCUAUAUUUACAGGCAAAUGCGAAGGAGAUUAUGCAUUCGUCUAAGCAAGCAUCCUCCAAGUCGAAGAAGUCGGCGUUACAGACCACCGCCACGCUUAUCGGCACCGCUCUCCAGACCCAGGAAUAUUUAUAUUAGAAAAGACAAGGAACUCCUAACGAUAGGCUGGGACGGAUUGCGGCGCAGAGUCUCCGGGAAGACUCUGACAUGCAGUGCGAAAGUUUGGAAUAUGGAAGACUCUUUUAUCUUACGAAUCCCAUCCAUUUGAUUGGCGAAUAUGCGGCACAAACUUGACCUUUAGUUCAGCAAACUUGAGUAAAGGCGCACGAGAGCCUAGCAUCAGCCGCAACAAGAACGUG